ACUUUUUACUUUUCCGUCAUUUCAGUAGCUUGAGCAACCCUGUUACUGUCAAUCAAAUAGAAGAGUUUGGUGUAUAUUAUUGAAAUAGUUGAAGAUUGUGAAUUUGAUAAUUUAAUUACUAUUUAAUUAGAAUAUAUAUAUAUAUAUAUAUAUAUAUAUAUUUAGUAAAAGCUGCAUUAACUAAUUAUUAUUAUUUCGUACGAGUUAUAGUACGACAAUUAAAAAUUCGAAAUUCAACAUUCAAUAACAAUUUUAAAAGUAUGUCACUAAUCGAUAAGUUACAAGAGCCUGAUGACAACAUCCCAUUGGCCGAUGAGGAUACACAAGUAAUAAUUAAUGAUGAUGAUCCACAUCAACAUAUGCCAAAUGGGCAUUCGAUGGAUUCGCUCCGCUCGUCAUUUACUAACCGCAGCUCCACUCCUGACUCAUCACACAAUUCAUUAGAAGUAGAUGUAAGUCCCGAUGAGAAGGAAGAAAAAGCUCGCCUUAUUACACAAGUAUUGGAACUGCAAAAUACUCUUGACGAUCUUUCACAGCGUGUUGAUUCUGUGAAGGAAGAAAAUUUAAAAUUACGUUCUGAGAAUCAAGUGCUUGGACAAUACAUAGAAAAUUUAAUGUCAGCUUCCUCUGUAUUCCAGUCAACAAGUCCAAAUGCAAAGAAGAAGUAAAACAUCAACAAAACUAAUGGUAAUCUCCUAAACGGUUCGAUUAGGCUUAAAAAAUAUUUUUUUUUACAUUGCUAAGUUGUAAAUGUUCCGCUUUUGACGUUUAAAUAAUCUAGUGUAAAUUCUAUAAGUUUAUUUCAAUAGAUUAUCCUUACAUUAUUCAUUAACUUUUAAAACAAAAAAGUUUCUUAUCAAUUUUAUACAUUUUUAGCGAACAGAACAUAAAGCCGUGCACACAUUCAUUUCGCGAUACCAAAUAAAAUGCCUUUAUCUAAA